AGAAAACUCGAUCACAUCACAUCACGGCCAUAACUGCAUGCCUAUCAACACACACACACACACACCACCACAUUGUCAACCCCGCUGGCCUUUGGCAUUAUCAUGACGGUGGUCACCCUUCAGCCCCCGCCACCCCCCGCCCUCCAGAAAUGGCGCCUGCCUGCGAUACCCCCCGCCAUCGCCAUCCCCCCUCCCUCCCACCCCACUCUCCCCGCCUCCCUGACCGCCUUUAGUGGGGGAUGGACGGCGGAUGGCAAAGAAGGAGGCUACCAUUGUGGCGCCCAUGAUGCCGCCGGUGAGGUAAUAUGGGAGGUAGGAGAAGCUGUGUGCGGUGCUGUAGAGGGGCAGGCCGACGUUGACCGAGGAUUCUUCGGUGAACAGGGCAGCUGCGAGAUAUAUGGCAGAGGGGCAGAGGGACAGAGGGUGGGUUUGGGGAGGUGUUCUGAUUGGAUCCAUAUGAAUGAUCUGUUGUCUUACUGACUUGUGAGGAAGGAGGUGACGAUCUUGCCGGCCUGGCUCAUCGUCAGGUGGACGGCGAGCAAGACACCCAUGUAAGGCGACCCCGCACAGGCUCGGGUCAUCAACACUGCACCAGACCCCCCCACAGCACACGUGGGGCUCUCUCUCUCUCUGUGUGUGUGUGUGUGUGUGUGUUGUUGGGGAUACGUGUAGUGGCUGGCUCGAUGGGAGCCAUUGAGAAGGGCAGCAGAAGGUUCAGAAUGGCGUGAAACCCUAUUGGCGACUCCAUGAAGGGGAACAGCACAGCUGCAGCGCGACAGAGACAGAUAGCAUGCGGCAACUGAAAUAUGGAUGUCUUCCCUCCCCCGCGUCUCUCUCCCUCUCUCUCUGUGUGCUGUACUGUGCGGCCUACUCAGUGUGGAUGGUAUAGCGACCGACAGCAGGCUGGUCAGCCACGCGCCCAACUUUGGAAUCACUGUCCGGGGGACAGUCCUGACACACACGCACACAAACACACCAGAGACAUGUUCUCUCUCUCUCCCCCUCGGUCUCUCUGCCUCUGUGUGUGGGUUUGCCCCCACAUGAAGGCCACGAAUUGGCAGAACUGCGUCACGAGCAUGGUGUAGGAGACCUUCUCGAAACCGUAGCCAAACUUGCGAAGAGCCAAAAGAGGGAAGGUGCCCAGUAUGACCUGGUUGUUGCCUGCACUCACGAAGGCAGCAGCGAUAAACACACACACAAGAGACAUGCAUACACACACACACACACACACACACGUGUGUGCGCACUGUUCUUUACCGACCGACAGAGACGAAUAUGGCCACCAUGGGCAGAAGGACGUGCAGCACCCACCGCCAG